AUGGUUCUCUCUGGGUACUCUUUGUUAUCUCUCUCUCCAUUCAUCUUUCUGCACAUUGCUCUGUUUUCAAGCCUCUCUUUUGGUGGUGACCCAACUGUUUUCAAUGAGUUUCGCGUUUCCUACACCACUGUUUCCCCUCUUGGUGUUCCUCAACAGGUAAUAGCUAUCAACGACAAGUUUCCAGGACCCCUCCUCAAUGUCACAACCAAUAACUAUGUAUUUGUGAAUGUGUUCAAUGAAUUGGAUGAAGAUCUUCUCAUUACAUGGCCUGGUGUUCAAAUGCGGCGAAAUUCAUGGGAAGAUGGAGUUCUUGGAACCAAUUGUCCAAUUCCUCCCAAAUGGAAUUGGACAUACCAGUUCCAAGUCAAGGAUCAAAUUGGAAGUUUCUUUUACUUCCCUUCUCUUAACUUCCAAAGAGCCUCUGGUGGAUUUGGUCCUGUUGUUAUCAAUAAUAGGGACAUUAUUGCAAUUCCUUUUGCACAGCCAGAUGGGGAUAUUUUCAUUAUGAUUGGUGAUUGGUAUACACAGGAUCACAAGGCUCUAAGAACAACACUUGAUAGUGGAAAAGACCUUGGAAUGCCAGAUGGUGUUCUUAUCAAUGGGAAGGGACCUUACCAGUACAACACAACUCUUGUACCUGGUGGUAUUCAGUAUGAAACAAUUAAUGUUGAUCCAGGCAAGACUUAUCGAAUUCGGGUCCACAAUGUGGGGAUUUCAACCACUUUGAACUUUCGAAUUCAAAAUCAUAAUCUACUGCUGGCUGAAACAGAGGGAACUUAUACAUCUCAAAAUAAUUUCACCAAUUUUGAUAUUCAUGCUGGCCAGUCUUACUCAUUUCUGGUUUCAACUGACCAGAAUGCAAGUACAGACUACUAUAUUGUUGCAAGUGCCAGGUUUGUGAAUCAAUCAUUGUGGCAGAAGGUUACAGGUGUAGCAAUUUUACACUAUUCAAAUUCCAAGGGACCAGCAACUGGUCCUCUUCCUUCCCCACCAAAUGAUUUUUAUGACAAGACCUGGUCGAUGAACCAGGCAAGAAGCGUCAGGCAAAAUACAUCUGCUAGUGGAGCUCGUCCUAAUCCUCAAGGAUCAUAUCAUUAUGGCUCUGUCAAUAUAACUGACACUUACAUGUUAAAGGUUACGCCGCCGGUGACAAUCAAUGGCGCUAAUCGAGCUACUAUUAAUGGGAUCUCAUUUCUUAAGCCUGACGUUCCAUUCCGGCUUGCUGACCAGCAUCAGUUAAGAGGAAUUUAUAAGCUUGAUUUUCCCAGUAAGCCAAUGAACAGAUCAGCAAUAAUUGACAGAUCAAUUAUUAAUGCUACAUAUAAAGGUUUCAUUGAGAUUGUAUUGCAAAACAAUGACACCACAAUUCAAAACUUUCAUUUGGAUGGCUACGCCUUUUUUGUUGUUGGGAUGGACUAUGGUGAUUGGUCAGAAAAUUCCAGAGGUUCUUAUAAUAAGUGGGAUGCAAUUUCUCGCAGCACAACUCAGGUUUUUCCUGGAGGAUGGACGGCAAUUCUUGUAUCUCUUGACAAUGUUGGGUCAUGGAAUCUGAGAGCUGAAAACCUGGACAGGUGGUACCUAGGCCAAGAAACAUAUCUGAGGAUUGUUAAUCCUGAAGAAAAUGGUAAAACAGAGAUGGCUGCGCCAGAUAAUGUUCUAUAUUGUGGUCCCCUCAAGAGCUUGCAAAAGUCGCAACCCCAUACUUCUGCAGCUUCUACUUAUGGACGAUUCUUGAACCUUUUCACAUUGUUCCUAGGACUCUUUACUGUGAUUUUCACAAAUAGCUAA